AUGGAUACAGUUGCACGAUAUCUUUGUGCGCAAGAUCAUUUUGAGGAGGUACUUAAUCGAAGUGCUAUUACAACUUGGGGAGUGGGAGGGAGGGGGGAUUCGGUUGAGGAGUUCCUGGAGACGAAUCCGAAUCUGACGUCGUUGCCACAUCUCUCCGAAUGUGCGCAAUCAACCGUCCUGGUCUUCAUACCGUCACUGUUUAUAUUCAUGCUGUGUCCGCUCGUGCUCUAUCGUCUCAGUAAAAGUGACAAUGGCUCUUUACAUGCUGUCUCAUUCUUUAACAGCUUAUACGAGUGGAAAGUUGGUCUCACACGAACAAACGACUCAAUUCUAUCGCUGUUUCCGAAGAUAUUCCAGUAUUUGUCGAUUUGUUUGGUACUCGUUCUGAUGAUAGCUUGUCGUAAUCGCGGUCUCGUCACGUCUGGUGAGGAGGAUGAUGUAGUAAGAAUGAGUAGCAGUCGUUUAUUAUUAUGUUUAUUAUCAUAUCCAUUGAUUGUUUUGGAGUUAGUUUUAUCGUGUUUCGCUGAUACACCUAAAUAUAAAAUUGUUGACAAAAAGAUGUGUCCAGAAGAGUCGAGUUCGUUUUUGAAUCAGAUCACAUUCAAUUGGUUUCAUCAGUUGGCCGUUAAAGGCAACAAGCGAGCGCUACAAGUUUCCGAUUUAUGGAAAUUGAACACUUGUGACGAAUCGAGAAAUUUAAUGCCGGACUUCAACAAGAAUUGGAAACCAACUCUACAAGCAUACUAUGAUCGAAAGCAAGCAGCAAUGCAUGAGACCCCGCCUCGUAUUCUAACCGACAGUGACACACCAUCGAUUUUAUGGCCUCUGUUUCGAACGUAUUUCAUGAAAUUUCUGGGCGGUGCAUCACUUAAAUUCAUUUUUGAUAUUCUGCAUAAGUUGAUCUCAUUCACCGAAAACAGAAGUCAACCGCUUUGGGUGGGCGUCUCGAUUGCAAUGGCGAUGUUUAUCGUAGCACUAUUUCAGUCAUUUGUUUUGCAUCAGUAUUUCCAUACGAUGUUUACAUUAGGUAUGAAUAUACGCUCAGUGCUUACAUCAGCUGUUUACGCGAAAGCGUUGUCAUUAUCGAAUUCAGCACGUAAGAAUCGUACGAUCGGUGAAAUUGUAAAUUUAAUGUCAGUGGAUAUACAACGAUUCCAAGACAUGACGUCGUUUGUGAUGCUGUUUUGGUCAGCACCUUUGCAGGUGAUUCUUUCAAUAUAUUUUCUGUGGCGUCUUCUUGGGAUAUCUGUUAUUGCUGGAUUGUUCAUUUUGAUUGCAAUGAUACCGUUCAACUCGUGGAUCUCUGUGAAAAUGCGAAAUUGUCAAGUUCAACAAAUGAAAUAUAAAGAUGAACGGCUGAAAUUGAUGUCGGAAAUACUGAAUGGAAUAAAAGUAUUGAAACUUUAUGCGUGGGAGAAUAGUAUGGAAAGAAUUGUACUCGAAAUUCGUCGUAAAGAAAUCGGUGUGUUGAAGAAGUUAGCUUUCUAUAACGCCGCAAUAACACUCUCAUGGUCAUGCGCACCAUUCCUGGUGGCCGUGCUGACGUUCGGUGUUUACGUCAAUCUUGAUCCACACCACAAUCUGCUCACACCACAAGUCACAUUUGUUGGUCUAUCGCUAUUCAACAUUCUCAGAUUCCCGCUGGCUGUUUUUGCAAUGAUUUUCAGUCAAGCUAUUCAAUGCACCGUCUCAAAUAAACGUCUCAAAUCAUUUCUGGCUGAUGAUGAAAUGCGAAACGUAAUCUCAGAAACUCAUUCAAAAUCAGAUGAUGUGAUCUCAUUAAGAAACGCAAAUUUUGCGUGGGAUAGCAGUGAAUUGACGUUGAAAAAUAUAAAUUUGAAUGUGAAAAAGGGUGAAUUAAUUGCUAUCGUUGGUAGCGUUGGAUGUGGUAAAAGUAGUCUCCUGUCAGCAAUACUCGGUGAGAUGGAUAAAGAGAGUGGUGAAGUGUCACUGAGGGGAUCAGUUGCGUAUGUACCGCAACAAGCGUGGAUUCAGAACAUGUCAUUAAGAGCGAAUAUUCUUUUUGGUCGAUCGUUCUCAUCCGAAUUUUAUGAUCUCGUUAUGGAGGGAUGCGCUUUGAAACAAGACUUGAGCACACUUCCAGCCGGUGAUAAUACUGAAAUUGGUGAAAAAGGUAUAAAUUUGAGCGGUGGUCAAAAGCAACGUGUUAGUCUAGCACGUGCGGUUUAUUCGAACAGUGAUAUAGUACUGUUGGAUGAUCCAUUAUCUGCAGUAGAUGCUCACGUUGGAAAACACAUUUUUGAGCAUAUCAUUGCGAAUAAAAGCGGGUUAUUGGCCGGUAAAACGCGCCUUUUGGUGACGCAUGGCUUACACUAUUUGAAGCGAUGCGAUCGAGUUAUUGUUCUGAAAGAUGGGACAGUAUCCGAGAUUGGGACGUAUGAGGAGCUGAUGGCAUCCGAAGGAGCGUUCGCAGAUUUUCUCGAAGAAUUUCUUCUUGAAGAGGCCAAACAUAGAGCGCGAUCAGUGAGUUUUGGUGAACAAGCCGAAGAUGUUGAUGAAGUGCUAAAAGAGUUGGAAAGAUAUGCGCCCGGUAAAAGUCGUAGAAUUCAGUCUCAGAUGAGUUCGGUGACCUAUACGAGUAGUGAGGAGGCAUCAAAUGACGAAUGCAGAUCUCAUUCCACCACACCAUCUUCACCGAGUUCGCCUGUUAAGAAAGGAGUUGAUAUGAUACAGCGUCAACAAAGUAAUAAAAGUGGAACACGUUCACUGAAUAGUGUGAAUACAAAAGAAGUUGUUCAUUUGGAUCAUAAAAGAGCAGAUGGCGGUGAUUUGAUGAGAUCGUUAUCAUCAGAAAAAGAAAAGUUAUUAUUGGCAACAGCAGAUUCGAAAGCAGCUGCAGAAAGUGCAAAUGAAAAAUCAAAGCUCAUUGAGAAGGAAGGAGUGGAAAUCGGAAAAGUGAAAUGGACAGUCUAUAUGGCGUAUAUAAAUGCAAUCGGCUAUAUGAUAACAUUAAUAUUUCUAUCAAUUUAUGUUCUAUCAUCUAUCCUCGGUGUUAUGUCCAACUUAUGGCUAGCUGCAUGGUCUGAUCAUGCUAAGGAAAUGAAUGCUUCUUCACCGGAAGAACACGAUACAAAUGUACGAUUAUCUAUCUAUGCUUCAUUGGGCACAGGACAAGCGGUAUCCAUUUGUGCAGCGUCCAUAAUAAUGGCAUUAGGUAUGGUACACGCAAGUCGCACAUUACAUGAAGGUAUUUUAAGAAAUAUAUUACAUUCACCGAUGCAAUUCUUUGAUGUUACCCCUAUUGGGCGCAUUCUGAACAGAUUCGGAAAGGAUGUAGAAAUUGUCGAUUUUCACUUACCAGAAUCAGGUGAAGAAUUUUUGGGUUCAUAUCAAGAGGUGAUAGUCACUUGCGUUAUCGUUAUUGCUGUACUUCCACAGACACUGAUACCAUUUUGUAUAUGUUUUGUCGUUUUUACACUCGUUUUGGAUGUAGACGUAGUGGAUACAACAUUACCAUCUUGUAUACGUUCAUUCAUUGCAACCGGAUUAAACGUGAUCGUUACCGUUGUCGUUAUCCUUUAUGCUACACCAGCAUUUUCAACCGUUAUUCCACUAUUAUCUUUCGUCUACUAUAUGGUUUUGGAUGUGGAAAUACUGGAUAGUCGUUUGGCGAAUUCAUUGAUGACCGUUAUCGGGUGUUUAGUUCAAGCUGGUUUAUUGCUGCAUCUAAAAUUUCAGCGUUUUUAUGUAUCAACAUCACGUCAACUCAAAAGACUUGAAUCAACAACACGCUCACCAAUUUAUUCACAUUUUCAAGAAUCUGUGCAAGGAGCAGCGUGCAUUCGUGCGUAUCAGUGUAUUGAUAGAUUCAUAGGAGAAUCUCAAAAUCUUGUCGACAAUAAUCUUGUCACCUAUUAUCCAUCCAUUGUUGCAAAUAGAUGGUUAGCAGUACGACUUGAGUUAAUCGGUAAUUUGAUUGUUUUAUGUUCAGCGAUAUUUGCCGUCUUAUAUCGUGAUUAUGGCACUGUAACGGCUGGCUUAAUUGGCUUAUCUGUAUCAUAUGCACUUAAUAUAACACAAACACUUAAUUGGGCUGUACGAAUGACAAGUGAUUUAGAAACGAAUAUUGUUGCGGUGGAAAGAAUUAAAGAAUACUCUGAGAGUCCAACAGAAGGUUCACCAAACGAAUACCUUCUGAAGAAACCGAUCCGUGAGUGGCCGCUGAAAGGCGAAAUAAAAUUUGAGAAUUUGUUUUUGAAAUAUCGUGAAAAUUUGGACUAUGUUCUACGUGAUUUGAAUGCGUUUAUCAAAGGUGGUGAAAAAAUUGGUAUCGUUGGCCGAACUGGCGCUGGCAAAACUUCAUUGACGUUAGCGUUAUUUCGUAUCGUAGAAGCAGAAAGUGGUAGAAUUUUGAUUGAUGGUGAGGAUAUUUCGCAGUUGCCUUUGGAAGUAUUGCGUUCUCGACUUACAAUUGUACCACAGGUGAUUAUUAUUCGACAGCUUAUAUGCUUGGCACGUGCACUGCUACGUAAGACGAAAAUUUUAAUACUGGAUGAAGCAGCGGCUUCGGUCGAUAUGGAAACAGAUCAAUUAAUACAAAAAACUAUCAGGGAACAGUUCGCCAAGUGCACUGUUCUUACAAUAGCACAUCGUUUGAAUACGGUUAUUGAUAGUGAUAGAUUAUUGGUACUUGAUUCGGGUAGAGUGCGAGAAUUUGAUAGUCCGAAGAAUUUAUUAGGUGAUCGACAAUCUUUAUUCUAUUCAAUGGCUCUGGAGGCUGGCAUUGUUUCAGAGCAUGAGCAUUUGAAGGAACACUUGUUAUGA